AUGCGGGACGGCGCGCGAAAGGUUCGGGAGGCGGCGGACGCGGGCGGGGCGCGCGGGGAGAGCUGGGGCUGGGUGUACGACUUGACGGAGAGCGGCGAGACGGCGGAACGGUGGGUGAAUCAAGCGAACGCGCGGCUGAGCGAUCGAGCGAAGACGCAGAUGUACGCGAUGCACGGAGAAGAUCCGGUGACGUGGAGCGUGGACGCGUUGGCGGCGAAGUAUCGCGUUCGAAAGCAACGCGUCGGGGCGAUUUUGGCGCUGAAACGAAGAGAGGAGGAGGCUGUCAAGGCGAAUAGGACGCUGUUUCACGACACGGAGGCGGCGAUGGAGCGAGCGAGUGGAAGCGUGGACAUCGGAACGGGGGAGCGACACGUCGCGGACGUGCCGACGAUGCCGCAGUUUCAAACGGUGAGCGCUUUUGAUCACGGACGAGACGCCAAGCCGAAACGUUUCGUCGAGGCGAGCGAAUUGGCGCGCAAACAAGAGCGGGUUUUGGUUCGAGAGUUUUUCGAACGCUUGGAGUAUAACGUGGGUGAACGCGGACAAGGUUUGCGACGCGUUAGUAGGCGUGCAAGCGCGCCGCCGCGGCCCGAGGGUGGAUACGCGCUGCACGUCACGCCUCUCGGCGACACAAACAUCGAACCGUACGUGGCGUACAAAGACGGAACCCAGCGUCCGCUUAAUGACGAUGAGGCCGAGCAUGCCCGGCAAAAGACGCCUAAGCGCCGUCGUCGCAUCAUCUAG